AUGGACUUUGAGAAUCUGUUCUCCAAACCCCCAAACCCGGCUCUUGGCAAGAAGUCCGCCACGGAUUCUGACCAAAGAUCCAGCAGUAGGUCUCAUCAUUGUGUUUUUAGGCACUCUGGAAGCUCUACAUCUACAAAGAAUUUGCAACAUAGGAAAUCAAGAAGUAAGGACUAUGAUGCAUAUAGUGAUGAUGACAUAUGCAGUCAGGAGCCAGAAGAUAAUUUCGCUAAGGAGCUUCAGCAGUACAUACAAGCUAAAGAGAUGGCAAGUGUCACUCAGUCCUUACUGUGUCCUGGAGCAUCUGUAAAGAAAGAGACAGCAAAGAGGACCCAGAAAGCUGUUAAGCAAAAAAAUAAAAACCUUAAAGCUGUUCACAAGAAUGGUAAAAAGAAGAAAAUGAAGCGAGAGUUGCCUGGCCCUGGAGACAGAGGAGAUGCUUCCCUGAGGAGCAGCGGCUCACAGGGCCAGAAUGGGAAACCUAAAGAGCAGCAGCAGCCUGUGAGAAUGAGUCAGGGGUUCAUCAACCAACAUACGGUGCAACGCCAGGGAAAGCAAAUUUGUAAAUAUUUUCUUGAAAGGAAGUGUAUUAAGCCUCUCGCGCUCUGCUGCCGUCGCUCAGGGGGGCACGGCGUGUCUCCACAGAAGCCUGAGCCGUGCGUGGGCCGGGCCGGGCUGGAGCUUGCAGGCCACGGGGUGCGCACCAACACUGAUCGCCAGCGGGCAGAGCCGAGCGCAGAGGGGGCGGGUAGCGCACCGCGGGGUGACGGCGGGGCCUCUCCUAUACCAUUCUUAAGCCUGGAGUUCCUAAAUCUUUUGUCGAUAAGAUAG